UGUGUUGUCGUCACCCAUUCUCAGCCAUCUUGUUGAAACGGAGAGAGCCACACACCUCGAAUAUAAACCCUGUGCUGUCAGUAAAAGCAGAGAAGUUCUAGAAAGAAUGGCAGAAACUCAGACACUCAACUUUGGACCAGAAUGGCUCCGGGCCCUGUCUGGGGGUGGCCAUGGGGGUGGUAGCAGCAGUAGUGUUGCCACCUCACCACCACUCUCUCCUGCAUUGCCAAAGUAUAAACUUGCGGACUACCGCUACGGGAGAGAAGAAAUGCUAGCACUUUAUGUCAAGGAUAGGGAGAUCCCUGUAGACCUACAUGAUAAAGAUUUUCUGCCCAUUUUACAAGAGGAGCCCCUGCCACCGCUGGCACUUGUAGCUUUUACAGAGGAAGAGCAGAGAAAUUUCUCCAUGUCUGUAAACAGUGCAGCGGUGCUCAGGCUGAUGGGAAGAGGAGGGGGUCCGGUGGGGCCAGGGGCACCGAGGGGUCGAAGUACUUCACGGGGAAGAGGACGGGGUAGAGGAGACGGAGGGUUUUACCAAAGAAGUUUUGAUGACGUGGAGGGAGGCUUUGGACGCGGAGGCAGGGAGAUGCACCGCUCCCAAAGCUGGGAGGAGAGGGGAGACAGAAGGUUUGAAAAGCCAGGUCGAAAAGAGUCAGAAGUUGCUCCUGCCCACUUUCCGAUGAAUCAUAUCCGUGCUAACUACGAGGAUGUUGGGACCGGCGUGGGAUGCCUGCCUGUGAGGAAGCACGAUUUUACACGCUCGGAGAGCGAGAAUUGGCGCACGUCCCGUGACGAAGCAAAUGGUGAGGACGGUGACGAGGGGGGCUGGCUCCUGGCAGGUGCCUCGCGACGCGACCGGUGGUGCCCCCCGAGUCCAGACGUGCUGCGGUCGGCAGUGCGGCGAGAGGUGCACCCGGGGGAGCAGCCACGGCAGCGCCGGUUCCCGUUCGACGCCAGAGAGGACGAGCGCGGCUACAGGCGUCCCCGGUCAGGCAGUGGCAGCCUGGAGGAGGAUGGGGGCAGCCUGCCAGAGUGGUGCCUGGAGGAUGCUGAGGAGGAGACGGGCACCUUCGAUUCCUCCGGAGCCUUCCUCUCGCUCAAGGUUCGAAAAGCUCCCAAGCAGCCCAUCCUGGAGGAGGCAGAGCUGGACUUCAGACCCCUGGAGGAGUGUGACGAGGGCCUUGAGGAGGACGGACAGCCCCGGGAGACCAAUAACCCAGACGGAGAGGCAAGAAGAGACCCCGACAGAAAACAGGAUGUGGGGAGAGGGGUAGUGGAGGCGCCGCCUGCUCCCUCGCCUCCAGAACCCCAGCCCUCCGCCCCUCUGCUGCCCCCCAGCCAGCCCGACAGAGCAGAGGAGCCUGAGAGGCCACUUGAGCGAACCCCAGCCCCGGAACACAGGCCAGAGGUCAACAAAGUCCCCCUGCACGUCCCCAUGUCGAUGCCCAUGUCCAACACAAUGCUGGAGUCCCUCCCCAUCCCCCACACCGCAGCACACACUCUCACAGUGUCUCCAGUGUCGGCCAAGUCGUCUACCAUCCAGAUGCAGCAGAAGCCCCCGGACGUGCCCGUGGCUAUGCCCGUCCCGCUGCCCUUCAGCACCAGCCUCAUGGCUCAGAGCACGUCUAUCAUGACCCCCAACAUUAUGGCCCCCAGCACGGGCCUCAUGGCUCCUAUUGGAAGGCCCACGGUCAUGCCGCCACACCACACCAUGGUUGAAGAUGAGAGACUGAAGCACUUUGAACAGGAAGCAGAGAAGAUGGUGGCGUAUCUACAGGACAGUGACGACCGGCUGGCUGCCAAGAGCUCAGCACCCAAACCAGCUGGCCUGCCGCUCACACACGAGGCUGCUCUGAAGUGGUUCUAUAAAGACCCCCAGGGAGAGAUGCAGGGUCCGUUCAGUAACCCGGAGAUGACAGAGUGGUUCCAGGCAGGCUACUUCACAAUGACCCUGCUGGUGAAGAGAGGCUGUGACGAGGUCUUCCAACCCCUGGGGGAGAUCAUCAAAAUGUGGGGCAGGGUCCCCUUCGCCCCUGGACCAGCACCGCCACCCUUACUGGGUGACGCUGGGGACCAGGAGCGUCUGAAACUGCAGCAGGAGCUGACUGCCCUCAACCUGUACCAGCUGCAGCAGCUGCAGUACCAGUACCUGUUGAGGCAGCAGUACGCCCAGGCCCUGGCCCAGCAGAAAGCCCAGGCCCUCAGCUCAGCACCACACCAGCAGCAGCAGCAGCAGCAGCAGCAGAUCAACCUGCUCCUCCAGCAAUACCAGGCCCUCAAGAUGAGAACAUCCGAGAAUCUCUUACCUCCGGUGACGCGGUCCAUGUCUGUACCAGACUCCCAGGGUUCUGUGUGGGAAAUGCAGCACCCCACCUCUCAGGUCUCUUGCACACCAAACAUCCAGCAACCUGCCCCAAGUGCGUGGGAGGGCAGCAGUGUGUGGGAUCUGCCCAUAGACUCCAUGGCCCAGGCCCCCACCAUAGAACAGAUGCAACAGCUGGAGAAGAGCAAGGCUGCUAAGGUCUCUCCUCCUCAUCUACUGGAGAUGGAGCGGCGUGAGGCUGAGCUGAGGGCCAAGAGGGAAGAGGAGGAGAAGGAGAGGAAAAGACUGGAGGAAGCGUUACGGGCCCGACAGGAGGCGGAACGCAAACGCCUGGAGGAGGAGCUAUCACGUCAUAAACAGGAGGAGGAGUUGAGGCAGCGGGAGCAGGAGGCACAGCGCAGACAGAAGGAGGAAGAGGAACGGCAGGCACAGGAGGAGGCCCUCCGCAGACUGGAGGAAAGGAGGAGGGAGGAGGAAGAGCGGAAGCAAAGGGAAGAGUUUCUCCAUAAACAGCAGGAGGAGGAGUGCCGGAUGCAGGAGGAGCUGGAGGCCCUGAGGAGGUGCGAGGAGGAGAAGCGGCUGGAGGAGGAGGCGGUGGCGGCCGCGGUGGCGUUGGCACGGCAACAGCAGGAGGAAGCGAAGAGGAGGGAGCAGGAGGCGGCGAGGCAGCAGGAGCUAGCCAGACAGAGGCAACAGCAGCAGGAGGCGCUCCGCCGACUACAGCUGCAACAGCAGCAGCAACAGCUAGCCCAGAUGAAGCUGCCGUCGUCCUCUAAGUGGGGCCAGCAGUCAGCAGUCACGGCAGCAGCCAUCUCCCAGUCCCAGAACGCCUUGUCGCUUGCUGAGAUCCAGAAAGUGGAGGAGGAGAGGGAACGACAAGCACGAGAAGAGCAGCGGCGCCAGCAAGCAGAGCUCCUAAAGCUCCAGCAGCAGCAGGCCCUGCAGGAGGCCCUGCAGCCUCAGGCCAAGCUCUCUGGUUGGGGCAGCGUGGCCAAGCAGCCGGCCGCCACCAAGUCCCUGCUGGAGAUCCAGAGGGAGGAGGCCCAGCAGGUGAAGCAGAGGAAGGAGCAGGGGGGUGGGAGCCAGCAGCCCAGUCACCCCACCGUCACCCAGCAGAACCGCGCCCAGAACAGAGCUACCACUGCUCUGAGUUCCUCAGUGUGGGGCUCGGUGGCCACCAGCAGCAUGGGCGGAGGGGCUCCUAACUGGGGCGGGGAAAGCAGCAGCAUCUGGGGCGACAGCACAAACUCCAACAUGGGCUUCUGGGACGAGGCGGUGAAGGAGGCGGCCCAGCCCCCGCCACAGGCCCCACCCCCCACCAGGAAGCCCAACGCUCAGAAGAACAACAAGGCCAACGCCAACCUCAGCAGUCGGGCCAAUAAGAAGGUGGAGGAGGAGGAGAAGCUGCUGAAGUUGUUCCAGGGGGUUAAUAAGAGCCAGCAGGAUGGCUUCAUGCAGUGGUGUGAGCAGACCCUGCACACCCUCAACACCGCCAACAACCUGGACGUCCCGACAUUUGCGUCUUUCCUGAAGGAGGUGGACAGUCCGUACGAGGUGCACGACUACGUGCGCGCCUACUUGGGGGACACAUCCGAGGCUAAGGAGUUUGCCAAGCAGUUCCUGGAACGCCGUGCCAAGCAGAAGGCCAACCAACAGAAAGAGCCCCAGGCCCCACAGAACCAGCAGCCGACUCUCAAACAGCGACAGCAACAGCAGGAUUCAGUGUGGGGCGUGAGCGGGACGGGCUCUCAGACUCGGUACCAGUCGAACCACACAAACCUCCAGCAGCAGGCACGUUUCGAGACCGUCACCUCAGGGAAGAAGAAGAAAAAGCAGAAGAUGGUCCGGGCAGACCCCAGCCUGCUAGGUUUUUCUGUGAACGCGGCGUCUGAGAGGUUGAAUAUGGGCGAGAUAGAGACGGUGGAGGACUUUUAAAGGGACUGCUCUGCCGCCACUGACUCAAUCCGUUUUGAACAGCUGUCAUUUUACCCGCCCACGCGUCCCGUCCCCCACCUCCCCGUCCCAAUCCCUUUUACUUUUCUUUUUUGAAAAUGCAUCCUCUUUCUGUUCUGUUUAAGUUAAUUUAAUGUUUGUCAUUGGAAGCUGGGGAUGCUUUCCAGUGCCAAAGGACCCCCACCCAAAAAACAUCCCAAAUGAGUAUUUUGCCCUAUGGGAGACCGGGAGAAGGCUAAUGACGCAGCCAGACAAUCAAACGGAACAUUCACGCAAUGAAACAUUGAACGAACUGACCAAAAAAAUCUAUGAAUUGAAAUCUGACUUCUCUCGGAGAAGAGAGCAGAGCUAAGGGGAUGAGGAGGAUGUGGAUGUCUCUCCCCGUCUAUGGUUGGCUGUUCAGUUCCCUUCUAGUCUCUGGUGUCUGAAAGUGCCCAAAAAGAGAGGCCAUUUCCUGAUGCAAUCAUCUCCCCAUGGAAUUUUUUAAUGUGUGGACAUAAGGGUGGGGAUGUGGGGGGAUUUUCGGUGAAAAAAAAUUGGCAGUUAAACCUUUUUUUUGUUUUUUAUUUAUUGAAAGUUUUUCCUCCCCCUUCCAUUUUGUUAAAUUUUCUCUCCUCCUGUUUUCUGCCAGUUGUUUGUGGAUGAUGGUUGCAUUGUAGGAGCUAAGGAUGUGUGCCCGCUGAUGUCCUGUUUUAAGGACAUGUUCGAAAGUUCCAAGUAGUUAUCCAUUUCUUGUAAAAUACUAGGCUGUUUAAAGAAUAAACUUUCAAUUCUGCAUCUGUAUUAUAAUAUAUGAAAAUGAUGAACUACUGGAGUCAUACUUUUCUAUUGCGGUAUGAAAUAAAACAGUCUCUUGUGUGGGCUGUUCACACUUCUG